AUGAAUGAAGAAGAGCAAAAAUGGGAGUCUGCAUUGAUAAAAUCAGAUGGACUCACAACUGAUAUCUACCAGCUCUCUAAUAAGAUUUCCAAGCUGACAACUGCAGCUGCUGACUCUCGUAAUGGGAGAGAUCUGGCACAUUCCAUCCUAGCAAGUGAGAAUAUAAAUAGAUCUUCAUCGCCUGUUGAGCCUCUGUGUCACACAGUCCGUCCAAAGUACUCUGCAAGUGCCACCAAUGAUGAUAAAGUCACUCACCACCCUUCAUACUGCACCAAAAAGUGGACUUGCAUAGCUUGCACAUAUGAGAACUGGCCCAAGGCAACUAAGUGUGUUCUUUGUUUUGUGCCUCGUCCACCAACUACACAAGGAAAUAGGGCAACUUCUAGUCCAUCUCGUGAAGGGAAUUUUGAAGAAGAAACCAAUCAAAAUUCCACAGUGGAAUCCUCUGGGUCUCAGGGAGGAAGCAAGAAAGUAUUGAGAGCUCCUGCCAUACAUGACAAUGAGAACAUAAUUGGAGCAUCUGCUUUUCCGCUCAGCAGCAACAACUAUGAAAAUGAACAGCGACUUCGUCUGGCACGUCGCCGGCGUCGAGAAGUAGAUUGGAGAUGGCUGAAUGCUUGUGUUGGAGUAGUUGAAGGAAGUUGGGCCCCUGUGGAAGCAUAUCUUGCUGCUGGGGGAAAUCCAACUCGCCAGCUGAGUGCAUCUGAUGUAGCUCUCCUGAACAGACCAUCUGCAUUUGAUGUUGGCCACACUCUUGUCCAUCUUGCUAUCCGGUUCAAGCGUGAAGAUCUCCUCACAUCCCUUCUCUCUCAAAUUGAAGGCAACAGUUCAGGCUUGAAACGGAUGCCAUCAUAUGUUGCCCCUGAUUUGGCUAGAGAUAUUCGUCGUCAUGUUGUUUCAGCUCUGCGUCACCGGAAAAGCAACUUCCCUUGUUACUAUUUCUCAGAAAUAUCCACAUUCAGUCUCCCCUCUGACUUGGAGACGUUUCCAAGCCCAGUGCAAGAGCAGCUCUGGAAUGAACUUCUAGAUCGAGAUGCCCUUGGUCAACUUGAGUCUGCUUCCUCUGAUAUGGAAAGUCCAGUCAUAAAUUGGUGCCCAGAGCUUGUUCAGGGUGGAUGUCGCCUGUAUGCUCUAUGGAAUCGCUCAGCCGGUGAUUGCCUUCUUGACUCAGCACUUCAGGCCUGCUGGGGAGUCUGUGAUAGGGAUAACACGCUUCGAAGGGCCUUGGCUGAGUCCCUUUCUGAAGCCUCAUCUGUCUUCUACCCACGAUGGCAAGAGUAUGAAUCCAUGCAAGCCAGUCUGAUGGGAUUCUCCUUGACAGCUCGCCAGCUUGCAGCAGAUUGGGCCAUUAUGCUCAAUAUUGCUUCACAACCAGGAACACCAUUGGAACAGAUACAUAUCUUUGUUCUUACUCAUAUUCUUCGACGCCCCAUCAUUGUCUAUGGUGUCAAGUAUGUAAAGAGCUUCCGUGGUGAAGCACUUGGCUUGGCAAGAUUCGAAGGUGUGUAUCUGCCUUUGCUGUGGGAGCCAUCAUUCUGCUGCAAAUCCCCCAUCACAUUGGGCUAUACAAGGGGACAUUUCUCAGCUUUGGUCCCCACAUCUCAGGAAGAUGGAACUUGUUUGGAUUAUUCAGUUCCUUUAGUCUCAAGUGAUGGGAAGCUCUUGCCAGUGCACUACAUCACACAUGCUGAGCUUGGAGAAGAGGAACGUAUGCUACGUCAGUGGCUUGAUGUUUGUGUACUUGAUGGUGGCAUUGCAGUUGCCAGACAGUCCUUCCCUCGGCAGCAUUUGUUAGUAGCCCAGAUGCUUGAUGAGUGGCUCAACCACUACCGGAAGUUAAGUCAUGUGUGCAAGGCUCCAGUGAGUGUGGGUCAUCUGCCUUCACCCUCCAAUCUUUACUUGAGUGACAGUGACUCAGCUGAUGAAUGAAUGAAUCACCUGCACCACUGUAUCUCAUCAGCAUCUCUUCCCUAUCCACAUGUUUUUUCUUUACUACAUUGGAAUUAUGAACUGUCAGAUUCCUUUGUCAUGGUUUGGGUCUGGGCAUGUUGCAUCCUGGAUGUUAGGGCUCAUGCCCACCCAAGCAUUCAUCAUUCAUUGUAGCUUUUCUAAUAUGCAAUCUGCAGACUUAGAACUUGUGCUCAGUUGCUCCAAAAAAUACUGCCUGCAUGGCCUUGUAGUGAGUCAACCUAAAAUAGUUUCCUAAUUAUAUGAGAGAUAUCCCAUCUUUCAGGAUACAUUUUACUGAACCUUAUUGCAGAUAAGGCUUCUAUGGUACCAUGUCAUCAUUACCUUUCUAAACCAAUUUCUUGGUAAAUUCAUACAACCUAUGCCUAUGGGUAAAAUUUUUAUGGAAAAGAGCAAUAAUUUAAAUUUGUCACCUAGCCAUGACAUUCCAUGUGCCAAAUUAUUAUUUGUUGGUGCAGGUCAGUCUAUGUUGCUUUUUUAUUUUCCUGAACAAAUACAAUAUGGUACUUUUUUGGAUUUUUUUUUCUUUAGCUAUCAGGCCAUGUAAGGCAUUUCAUUAUGAAUCUCAUCAUUAUAGCGACAAAAGCCUCUGAAGUUAUUCCUUCAUAUUGAAAAAAUUUUUUUCAUUAUUCUCUUCCAUCCUGUCAUAAAAGACUGACAUGAAGGGUGAAUUAAAGGAAUGAAUCUCAUCUUCCUCACCCUUUGUAGCUAAAAUGCUGAUUGCCAAUACAAGUGAAUUACUUCAAAAGUUUACAGAUGCCUAGUCUUUUCUAAACUUGCAAUUUCAUCUUUUGCUUUGAAUGUUCCAAGUAUGUCAGUGAAGUGUUUUCUUGAAGUGACUGUUCAUGAAGUUGGGCUAGUGAUUUCAUGAAUUGGAAUGUGGUUUGCUUGCUGAUGAUUGGUAUUUGGAAGGGGUUGUUCACUGCUAAUGCACAAGAUUCUCAUAUUGAAACAGUGAUGUUUGCUUGUUCAGCUUUUAAAUUUUGGUGCUUCUAAUGGAAGAGAUUUCAUUUUCUUUCAGUUCCUUUUUCUUCCAUUUUGCCUUGACUGCUUUGUAUCCCUUUUUUUUCUAAAGACAACUCAUCAUACCACCUAAAGGAAGAUUCUUUUGCACUUUGUCAAGACUGUGCAGUAAUAGAUUUAUUUACUUAUUUACGUGAGAAAUUCCAUUAUAUCCUAUUCUCUUCUUUGAAUCCCUAAGCUAGCCUCCCUUUAUUGCAGGUCUGACCAUCUAGGCUCUAUUGGUUGAGGGAAGAGGGCUUGAAGAAUUCCUUGAACUUUUGCAGUUAGUGCUGGAGAGGUAGUUUGUUUGCUCCUUUCAUUUUUCCCAUGAUUGACAAGGUCUUCAGCCUUUCCCCCAAGCUUGCUGCCCUGAAAACGAAGUAAUGGCAACAGAAGUGUCGCUGUUGAGCCUAUUAUUUUUUAAAGGAAUUGUUAGAGGACAGAAUGUGGAAGAAGCAUAUAGUGUGUGAACCAAGAUACCUUUGGUGUGUGAUUCAGAGCAAGCUUUGAUACCUUUAGUCCCUUGUAUGAUGACUUUUUGUCCCCUUAUGCCCAUUGCUCACAUUGGAACCACAACUCUCAACGCACACAAGAGCAAGAAAAAACUUGUCUUUCCUAUUGUUUGUGAAAUGUGCAGGUGUCUCGUUCAGUGUGACAGUUACCUCACAAAGGGCCAUGUGCAUUACACUCAGCUGGCAUGGGCACAUCUUGGUGCUUCACAUCUUGGUUCUGUCCUGUUUUGAAAAAGGAAGGUUGGCAGUGGUUGAACAUCAGUUGUGAUAGAUACACCUGAAAAAAAGGAAGUUUGAAUCUACACCAGUAGACAAUGCUGGAUAUAUGACUCCAGAGAAUAAUAAACGUUGAAUCUUGG